AUGUUAGCAAAGCAGCAAACCGCAACUCUCCUAUACGCCGCCCUCUUCGGCUCCUCCCUCGUGCAGGCCGCGUUCCCGACCUGCAUCACGAGCUGUGUCCGACAGAAUGGCUGCCCUCCCACCGACGUGGACUGCAUGUGCAAGAAGGUUAGCGGCAGCUUUUUGUCCGACGUCGUAGUAUGCAUGAACCAGUGGUGCUCGUCCGACACCACUCUCGCGGACUUGACCGGCCCCAUUCAGUCCAACUGCGACAUCCCCAAGUCCGCCCUCCAGGCCGCUGAGGGCAAGGCUGGCUUCGAUACGGGUUCUAGCUCUGGCUCUGACUCCGAUUCUUCUUCCUCUGACGAGAAGCCUACCUCUACUAGUGGAUCGUCUACCGCGAAGCCCUCGGUCAUCAUGAGUGUUGGCUCGCCCAACAAGAUCGACGGUCCUAGCUCGUCUACCUCAGGCCCGGCACCUACUGGCAGCGCUACCAAGGGCUCCGCCUCCAGCGUCGUUUUGUCUGAUACCACUGCUGUUGCUGGCCCGGCUCCCACCGCUUCCGAGUCUCUCCUAGUCGCUGCCACCACGCUUACUUCUAGCGCCGCCGCCAGUACCCCCACCGGCAGCUCUUCCAGCUCUGCCUCUAGCUCCAGCUCAGACGACGAGGAUUCAAGUGCUCAGGGCUCCAACGGUACACCCGGCAGCGCUCCCUCUGGCGACUCUACGGAAGAAGGCUCCGCCUCCAGCAGCCAAGCCUCUCUUCUCGCUGCUGUCCUAGCCGUCGGUGCCACUAUGGCUUUCGGCUGGUAA